GUCCGCCCGCAUCGGCACCGCCAGCCCGGACACGAUCCUCUCCCGCCGCGACAACAACAUGAACCCGAUGGACAAGAAGCGCCUCCGGCUCACCCGGGGCCUCACGACCUCGCCGCUCGAGCACCUGUGCGAGUUCCACCACGUCCCGCGGGCGCCCGACUAUAACGGCCGGGUCAACACUCGGUCCCUCGACGCGUUCCUGACGUCCCCACACAUCCGCGUCUUCCGCGCGACCAACCUGGUCGCCGCGGAUGACGGGUACACGGGGAUACCCUACCUGUGGCCGGGCUGCGUCGAGGCGGUGGACGAGGCCGCCUCGCUCGUGUCGUUCCGCCAGUGGGGCGGAAUCGAGACGCUCGAGCUCGUCGACUGCUGCAUGGACGCCGAGGGGAUCGGGCGGAUCGUGGAGCGCAUGCCCCGCCUGAAAGUGCUGCGGUACUGGCACGAGGUCAAGUGGCACGGGUGCCAGCUUGAGUGGGCGGCGGGCUUGUUCGUCGAAGCGGUUGAGAAUGCGCGUGCUCUGGUCAUUGACGAGCCGCUGUAUCAAGAGCGACGGCGGCUGCAGCAGGGGCUCCGUCAUGGUGCAACUACGACGACGACGACGACAACGGGAGCGGGAGCGGGACCGGCGAGGGGGCAGACGUCGUUGUCGUCGUCGCUGCUGGUUGCAAGGCAGAUUACGGAUCUGGCUAUCGGGAUUGAGGGGUUCUUCGGGGAGACGGCCGUCGCGGUGGGCUCGCUGCGCGGGUUCCCGGCCGCGAAGAGGAUCGCCGUGGACGUGGGCGUGUUUCUCGGGCCCGAUCCUGCGACGGGUGAGGUCCGGACCAUGGUGACCACGCCGGCUCGCGAUCAGGACUUUGCCGUCUGGGAUGUCACGACGGCCCUGCCGGCGCUGGUCGACCUGCUGCCAGAGAGUGUCGAGGAGUUCGAGUUUGCCCUCAGCUGGGGUGCCCGCAGGGAUCCCCCGGUGUCUUGGCCGGAUCUGUGGAGGGGGUUCAAGGAGCGCAGGGCGGAGAAGCUGCCGAAUCUCAAGACGGUCAGGAUAGUCGAGCAGAUCGGCCGUGCACAUUCGCAAACUGCGGAGCCGGCAAGACUGGAGUUGGAGAGACUGGCGAGGGACGGCGUGGACAAGACUCGCAGGGUCGCCGAGGAAGUGGGCGCGGAAUAUCUGUAUGGCACUAGCCAGAGACCGACCUGGAGGACGGAAUUUGAGGAGAGAGUGUGGACACGGUCGGAUUGA